UAUUCGCUUUAUUCAUUUGGUGAAAAACAUGUACCACAGUAGUGUGGGCAAAUUCUAUUAUUUAUGUAUUGUUUUGUUCCCCGUAAAAAGUUUACAGACCUUUAAAUAAUUUUACAAUCAUUAUAUAUUUUGAACUGGUUCAUUCUACGUUAUUAUGGAUUCUGAAGAUGAGACCUACGAUGACGUUGAUUCUGGGAAUGAGUCCAGUGGAGACGACGUUGAUUUUGCUAUGGAUGUUGAAGUUACUAGUCACAGAGAAAAACAAACAGAUUCAGAUGAUUAUCCCUUCGAGGUUCUCAGUACGGAGGAAAUAGUGCAGCACAUGGUGGACUCUAUAAAAGAAGUGAAUUCUGUAGUGGAGAUCCCCGCGACGACUACUCGUAUAUUGUUGAAUCACUUUAGAUGGGAUAAGGAGAAAUUGAUGGAAAGGUAUUAUGAUGGAGACCAAGAUCAGCUGUUUUCAGAAGCUCGGGUUAUCAACCCGUUUAAAGACUUAAACAUCAGUUACAAGGCAAAGCCCCAGAAAAAACCCAUGAAUGGUACAGAGGAAUGUGAGAUCUGUUUUAUGGUGUUACCAUCAUCUCAUAUGACUGGUUUGGAGUGUGGGCAUCGAUUUUGUACACAUUGCUGGUGUGAAUACUUAACAACAAAAAUAAUGGAAGAAGGUGUAGGACAAACAAUUGCUUGUGCAGCACAUGGUUGUGACAUUUUAGUGGAUGAUGCUAGUGUUAUGAGAUUAGUUAGAGACUCUAAAGUUAGGCUCAAAUAUCAACAUCUUAUUACAAAUAGUUUUGUGGAGUGUAAUCGAUUACUUAGAUGGUGUCCUUCACCAGAUUGUAGUAAUGCGAUAAAGGUCCAGUAUGUAGAAUCGCACAAAGUCACAUGUAAAUGUAACCACACAUUCUGCUUUGCUUGCGGAGAAAAUUGGCAUGAUCCAGUUAAAUGUCAUUUAUUGAAAAAAUGGAUCAAAAAAUGUGAUGAUGACUCAGAAACUAGCAACUGGAUUGCUGCAAAUACCAAAGAAUGUCCUAGGUGCAAUGUGACUAUUGAAAAAGACGGCGGUUGUAACCAUAUGGUAUGCAAAAACCAGAAUUGUAAAACAGACUUCUGUUGGGUGUGUUUAGGACCUUGGGAGCCACAUGGUAGUUCAUGGUACAAUUGCAACAGAUAUGAUGAGGAUGAAGCAAAAGCUGCUCGUGACGCCCAAGAAAAGUCUCGAUCGGCGUUACAGCGUUAUUUGUUCUACUGCAAUCGGUACAUGAAUCAUAUGGCUUCACUGAAAUUUGAGCAUAAACUCUAUGCUUCUGUGAAAGAAAAAAUGGAAGAGAUGCAGCAGCACAAUAUGAGUUGGAUAGAAGUGCAAUUCUUGAAGAGAGCUGUUGAUAUACUCUGCCAGUGUAGACAAACUCUCAUGUAUACUUACGUAUUUGCAUAUUACUUGCGAAAAAAUAACCAGUCUGUGAUUUUUGAAGAUAACCAAAAAGAUCUGGAGAGUGCGACAGAAACACUUUCCGAAUAUUUGGAGAGGGAUAUUACGUCUGAAAACCUUGCUGAUAUUAAGCAAAAAGUUCAAGAUAAAUAUAGAUAUUGUGACAGUCGAAGGAAAGUGUUACUAGAACAUGUACACGAAGGGUAUGAAAAAGAAUGGUGGGUGUAUAAUGAAUAGGCACUGGCAUGUCUAAUAUCCAUUCUGUAACUAGUAUUUUAGAAAUAGAGCAUAAUAUCUAGUUACCUCAUCUAGGAACAUUGGACUUACAUGAAAUUUAUAUUUUUUUCUUGAUCAAUUUGUUUUAUCCCCCUCUAUGUUGUAAUUUUUGUUAAAUCGUGCAAACAUACCUAAUACUUGUCGUCUAUAAGCAGUGUUUUCAUCCAUGCAAAUAGGUCAAAUUUCAAGUUGAUCGUAUCUACGAAAUUUUUGUAUUUACACAUUCUAGAAUGUGUUUUUAUAAUUUUCGUCAACAUUUUCUUUUUAUUUUAUAGUACCUGAUUGUUUUUUACAAGUUCAAAUUUAGCAAAUUCGGCAUUUUUUCAAAAUUCACAUUUUAGAGUAUUUAACUUCGUAUUUUUAUAUGAGUGCUUGGUCGCAACUUUUUUUACUUCAAAUAUAUAAUAAACACACUAGAUACAAAAUAAGUGUUGCUCCACCGCGCUUACAUUAGAAAGUUGAAAUAUCAUUCUAAUUGUGUAUUGAUUUGCUUCAACUUUUGUUUGGAUUGUGGGUGCAGUGGAGCAACACUUUCAUUUUUAUACAUGUUCUUUCUUCGUGAUUAAUUAUAGAUUUGAAGUAGAAAGUGUUGCGACCAUGCAUUAAUAUAAAAAUACGUAAUUGAAUUUUCGAAAUUGGAUGAAUUUUAGCCAUGCAAAAAUUGAGCUUUAAAAAAACGAUCAAGUACACAAUAAAAUAAAAAUGUUGAUGAACGAGUAAAGUAAAAUACAUGUUUUAACGUAUAUAAACGUAAAAUUUUUAUCAAUGCGAUCAACUUGAAACUUGAGUUUUUUUAAGGAAUGAAAACACCGCCUAUAGACCGUCAUCCUUUAUAUUUUUUGUCCGAUCAAUUUAUUUUAUCUUCUUUUUUUAUUUUUUUUUGUCGAAUCACAUACAUAUACACAAGUUCGUUUACCCAAUACUUGAAUAGAUCUGAAUGCCACUCUGAAUAGAUGC